ACCCCCUCUAGCCUUCCAACGGGAGAAUACAUGUGGGUGUGAGUUACUGCAGCUUCGUGGUGGUGGCGGCGGCGGCGGCGGCACGAAGUUGGAAACUCCGUUUGGAGGGCCUGGCAAGGUGUCCCUGAGGAGGUCAUGCUUAAAACUCGCCAGUGCCCCCGGUCAGCGAGCCCAGGGCCCUGGACGCCGGUCGGAUGCAGGUGCCACCGGGGAACCCGCUGCUGCUGUCGCUGACGCUGCAGGAGCUGCUGGCCAGGGACGCCGUGCAGGUGGAGCUCGUCCCAGAGAAGAAGGGCCUGUUCCUGAAGCACGUGGAGUAUGAGGUGUCCAGCCAGCGCUUCAAGUCCUGCGUGUACCGCCGCUACAACGAUUUCGUGGUCUUCCACGAGACGCUGCUGCACAAGUUCCCGUAUCGCAUGGUGCCUGCCCUGCCGCCCAAGAGGAUGCUGGGAGCCGACAGGGAGUUCAUCGAGGCCCGGAGGCGAGCGCUGAAGCGCUUCAUCAACCUGGUGGCCCGGCACCCGCCCUUCUCCGAGGACGUGAUCCUCAAGCUGUUCCUGUCCUUCAGCGGCCCCGACGUGCAGAACAAGUUGAAGGAAUCUGCUCAGUGCGUGGGAGACGAGUUCAUGAACUGCAAGCUGGCGGCUCGGGCCAAGGACUUCCUCCCGGCCGACAUCCAGACGCAGUUCGCCAUGAGCCGGGAGCUGAUUCGAAACAUCUACAACAGCUUUCACAAGCUCCGUGAUCGGGCUGAGCGGAUGGUGUCGCGGGCCAUCGACAACGCUGCUGACCUUCUCAUAUUCGGGAAGGAGCUGAGUGCUCUGGGGUCCGACACGACCCCGCUCCCCUCCUGGGCCUCACUGAACAGCGGCACGUGGGGGUCCCUCAAACAGGCGCUGAAAGGCCUGUCGGUGGAGUUCGCGCUGCUGGCUGACAAGGCCGCGCAGCAGGGCAAACAGGAGGAGAACGAUGUGGUGGAGAAGCUGAACCUCUUCCUGGACUUGCUGCAGUCCUACAAAGACCUGUGCGAGCGGCACGAGAAGGGCGUGUUGCACAAGCACCAACGGGCGCUGCACAAAUACAGCCUGAUGAAGAGGCAGAUGAUGAGCGCUGCUGCGCAGAGCCGCGAGCCCGAGUCCGUGGAGCAGCUGGAGUCCCGCAUCGUGGAGCAGGAGAACGUGAUCCAGACCAUGGAGCUCCGCAACUACUUCUCGCUGUACUGCCUGCACCAGGAGACGCAGCUGGUCCACGUCUACCUGCCGCUCACCUCCCACAUCCUCGGGGCCUUCGUCAACUCCCAGAUCCAAGGGCACAAGGAGAUGAGCAAGGUGUGGAACGACCUGCAGCCCAAGCUUCGCUGCCUCUUCGUGGGACCGCCCGGCGCCCCGGCCCCCCCGCGGCCCCCCCAGGACGGCCUGUCUGCUCACUAGUGCCCGGGGGCUCGGGGACAGCUCGGCGCCCUCACUAAAACCUCUUUCCGAAUGGUGUGUCCCUGUUUGAUUCCCUCAGUCGGUGCCCGCCCCCACCCCAAGGGUCCGUGUGUUGGGCUGACGCCCCCUGCAGGGGGCCGACGGCGGGGCCGGGGGUCCAGGUAGCGGUGGCUCCCCUCCCUCUCGGGGAGCAAGGCCGGGGCUGCCUGGGGUGUGCGCGGUGGCCGGCAGCCUGGUGGUGGGAGUGGGUUGGUCCCUGGAGCGGGUUCCCCCAUGUACCCCGGGGAGCGCCCUGGCGGCCCUGGUGUGUGUGUGCCUGCCUCCACGCUCACAUCCAUGUGCCCGCCGGGCUGGGGCGGGGGAGACAGAGGGACCGCGGUGUCUGGAGGCUCGGGAGCUGGUGCCUCCGCCUUGGGUCUGUCCAGGUUCAGACGGCUGCCGUCCCGCCUUGGGCGGGCCAAGGCUGGCCGCGCAGUGGGCGCGGGCAUGUCUGCUGGUGACCUCUCCUCUUCGGAGCAACGGGACCCCCUUCCAGCCUCCCUUCCGCUUGCUCCGGCUGGGCGUCUGAGCCCAGUGGGGUUGUGUCUGCCUGGGGCCGGGUGUUUCUGCUCUGGACCCUCGACGUGGAAGCCAGGCCUGGAACCCGCCUGCCCCAAGCCCUCACGGCUCUCUGCUCGGGGGUGGGGGGGUGGUUGGAGCAGGGUGACUGCAGGGGAGGGCUCCCGAGGGUUUCUCGGGAACACGCGCCUGGUUUGGGGUCUGCCCUCCAUCUGAGGUCCACAUGUAGGGCCUGGAGGCUCUGGAGGACGGGCAGGCAUCCCUGACGAGUUGACGCAUGUCUGAUGCAGGAUGCAGCGUGUCCCGCCCCGGCCUGGGCCCGCCACACAUGGGUCCUGCCGGUGCCCCCAGAGCAACCUUGGUGUGAGCCAACGGCCCCGAGGCCCUGGGCCAGCAGCACAGGUCGGGGGGUGCAUCUCCCCACACGGGUCUCCGGGCGAGUUCUGGCACCAAAGACUCGAGAUCCUGUUCCGGGGUGACCGCCCCUGGAGGACUGGCUCCCACGUGGACCCCGGGAGCACGCACUUCUUUAGGGGCUGCGGGGGUGGGGGGGGGGCGCUUCCUAAUCUGCAUCCUCCUCACCCCAGGAGAGGUGGCAUCAGGAGGCUGGGGGUGAUGGGGGCAUGCUCUGUCCCCCUGCCGGCAGCUGGGGACGAAGGCGCCUUUUCCCCGGAACCCCCGCCCCCCCUCCCCACCCUGGGCUGCUGGAUGCGGGCUUUCUGAUGAGUGUUUGCUGGGGGAGAGCGAGAAGAGGCUGCUCCUGGACUGGGGUCCCCACACCCUCUGCGUCCUUCUUGCUCCCAGGCUUUCCUCGCCCCCAGGGAGAGCCUGGCCACGCCCGGGAAAGGACACCGGUUCUGUGACCCCAGCGGGAGCCCCGGUCCCUCCGCGGACCGGGAGGACUAAGCGUGGCCUCGUGGGGUGUACCCUCAGGCCACGUCCCUACAGCCUGUGUCCCGCGGACUCGGUGUGACUCAGCCGCGGCCUAGUCGCUGGGUGAAGCCGUGGAGGGGGACGCGGCCGAGCCCUGGCCGCCGGAGCUCAGGGCGGCCCUGCAUCUGAGGCCUUUUUUCUUGCUUUGUGCAAGUCGGUUUAUGUAUGAAGCACUUUAUGAGGCUGCAGGAGUCAAUGACCACCACAUCCAGUUAACUGGAAUUGUUUACAAAUGAGCUACAUUCCGAGAUUUUUAUCAGUGAACUUACAGGAACAACUAUCAUUAAACAUAUUUAUAAAAGCUG